UUCCUUCCUCUCCCUACCCCACCCUUCCUUCCUCCCUGUGCCCUCUCUCCCACUCUGUCGCAGUCGACACUCCGGCGUCCCUGGACAACACUGCUGGGCUGGGUUGUUCCCUUGAAGGAGCGUCUCACUGUGUUGCCGCCCUCCUUAUCUCUGGUGACAGGCGCUCCGCUCUCCAGUUUCUCUCUGCUGGACCCGUCACCAUCCCAGCCCGGGCGAACUGAGGCGGCCGAUCGCAGGAUCCAGCAGGAGUCCACCACCUGGGCUCCGGUCACCAUUACGGAGCGAGUGAGUGUCCGCAGCCGGUUAACCGAUCACCGUCACGGAGCGAGUGAGUGUCCGCAGCCGGUUAACCGAUCACCGUCACGGAGCGAGUGAGUGUCCGCAGCCGGUUAACCGAUCACCGUCACGGAGCGAGUGAGUGUCCGCAGCCGGUUAACCGAUCACCGUCACGGAGCGAGUGAGUGUCCGCAGCCGGUUAACCGAUCACCGUCACGGAGCGAGUGAGUGUCCGCAGCCGGUUAACCGAUCACCGUCACGGAGCGAGUGAGUGUCCGCAGCCGGUUAACCGAUCACCGUCACGGAGCGAGUGAGUGUCCGCAGCCGGUUAACCGAUCACCGUCACGGAGCGAGUGAGUGUCCGCAGCCGGUUAACCGAUCACCGUCACGGAGCGAGUGAGUGUCCGCAGCCGGUUAACCGAUCACCGUCACGGAGCGAGUGAGUGUCUGCAGCCGGUUAACCGAUCACCGUCACGGAGCGAGGAUGAAGCCCUUCCUGAUUGCGCUGCUGCUUUCUGCGUUAGUCGGAGGAAGCCAGGCCAGCGACUGUGGUCCUCCACCAGACCUGGAGAAUGCGAUCUACACUGCAUCAGGCUACGCAAUUGGGAACUGGGUACACUACGCCUGUGAUGAAGGCUAUAUUCUGUAUGGGAGAAACAGGAUACUGUGCACGAGAAAGGGAUGGUCCAAAACUACUAUGUCUUGUCAGAAAAUAGAGGAUCCACCGUCAAUCAACAAUGGCACUGUGACUGAGGGAGAGGAGCGGAUGCAUGAGGACAAGGAGGAUCAUCCCAAUGGCGAAGAAAUAGAGGAUCCACCGUCAAUCAACAAUGGCACUGUGUCUGAGGGAGAGGAGCGGACGUACGAGGACAAGGAGGAUCAUCCCAAUGGCGAAGAAAUAAAGGAUCCACCGUCAAUCAACAACGGCACUGUGUCUGAGGGAGAGGAGCGGAUGCAUGAGGACAAGGAGGAUCAUCCCAAUGGCGAAGGUAAUAUCGUGACCGAUCAAGCGACUACUCACAGGAUGGGUACCGGGGCCUGGAGUCACCCACCUCCAAGCAGUACAGAAAUAAAGGAUCCACCGUCAAUCAACAACGGCACUGUGACUGAGGGAGAGGAGCGGAUGCACGAGGACAAGGAGGAUCAUCCCAAUGGCGAAGAAAUAGAGGAUCCACCGUCAAUCAACAAUGGCACUGUGUCUGAGGGAGAGGAGCGGAUGCACGAGGACAAGGAGGAUCAUCCAAAUGGCGGUAAUAUCGUGACCGAUCAAGCGACUACUCACCGGAUGGGUACCGGGGCCUGGAGUCACCCACCUCCAAGCAGUACAGAAAUAAAGGAUCCACCGUCAAUCAACAAUGGCACUGUGACUGAGGGAGAGGAGCGGAUGCUCGUGGACAAGGAGGAUCAUCCCAAUGGCGAAGGUAAUAUCGUGACCGAUCAAGCGACUACUCACAGGAUGGGUACCGGGGCCUGGAGUCACCCACCUCCAAGCAGUACAGAAAUAAAGGAUCCACCGUCAAUCAACAAUGGCACUGUGACUGAGGGAGAGGAGCGGAUGCUCGUGGACAAGGAGGAUCAUCCCAAUGGCGAAGGUAAUAUCGUGACCGAUCAAGCGACUACUCACAGGAUGGGUACCGGGGCCUGGAGUCACCCACCUCCAAGCAGUACAGAAAUAAAGGAUCCACCGUCAAUCAACAAUGGCACUGUGACUGAGGGAGAGGAGCGGAUGCUCGUGGACAAGGAGGAUCAUCCCAAUGGCGAAGGUAAUAUCGUGACCGAUCAAGCGACUACUCACAGGAUGGGUACCGGGGCCUGGAGUCACCCACCUCCAAGCAGUACAGAAAUAGAGGAUCCACCGUCAAUCAACAACGGCACUGUGUCUGAGGGAGAGGAGCGGAUGCAUGAGGACAAGGAGGAUCAUCCAAAUGGCGGUAAUAUCGUGACCGAUCAAGCGACUACUCACCGGAUGGGUACCGGGGCCUGGAGUCACCCACCUCCAAGCAGUACAGAAAUAGAGGAUCCACCGUCAAUCAACAAUGGCACUGUGUCUGAGGGAGAGGAGCGGAUGCACGAGGACAAGGAGGAUCAUCCAAAUGGCGGUAAUAUCGUGACCGAUCAAGCGACUACUCACCGGAUGGGUACCGGGGCCUGGAGUCACCCACCUCCAAGCAGUACAGAAAUAAAGGAUCCACCGUCAAUCAACAACGGCACUGUGACUGAGGGAGAGGAGCGGACGUACGGGGACAAGGAGAAUUAUCCCAAUGACAAAGAAAUAAAGUGUGACCAUCCACCAACAAUCAACAAUGGCAGGGUUACUGAGGGAGAGGAGUGGACGUAUGAGGACAAGGAGAAUUAUCUCGACGAAGGCACCUUGGUCGUACAUGAUGCAGCAAUCCAGGAGCCUGAAGUGAAAACACCAAUGGGAAUUCUGGCUGGAGUCGGCGGAGGUGUCUUCGGUGUGGCCAUUGUCUUCCUCACUGUUGUCUUCAUUAAGCAACGAAAGAAGCAGGGAUCCUAUAGAUUAACGUUGAAUGAUGAAGAAGCAGAUUCAAUGAGAAAACUGACGGUGGAUCCGUGAUGAACUCCCACCCAUGGGAACAUUCCUGUCCUUGGCUCACCAGGUCUGGGUGACAAUGAAGGAAACCAGAGAACAAAUCAGUUAUUAUAUCCUCCAGCAGUUUUCUGCCUAUAAAUGUGAAAAAGUUGUACUUUGUUUACUAAAAAGUAAAUCGUGAAUAAGAAUAUUUUAAGGAAAUUUCAAAUCUUGUUCCAAUGGCAUAUUGUAAUGGACUUAAUGGGCAAAUGGUCUCUCCCUGCAAUCAUUCCAGAAUUCCAGUCUUGAUCACUCGUUCAACUGUCUCUGGAUACUCAAUAUCAAUCUUCACCAUCAGCCUAUGAUCUUUGGCCUGAUCGCUCCUUACCUUUUCUGCACAUUUAUUUAAUUUUUAAACUCAUUAAUUUGUAAGAAUGAAGUUUUAUCCCCUAUCGUGUUUCUUUCGGUGGUUAUUUGUGAAUUCUAAGUUGGUCAUGAUGGCAGAGCAGACGAGGGGCUGUAUAGCCUAAUUUUCUCCUGUGUCUUAUGGAAUUUUCUAAGGGCAAAUUUCUUUACUUAAACAGCUGGAAUGUGAGAGUUGGCUGUACUUGCUGAGGAGGAGUAGAGUGAAGGUUCACUAUAUAUACUAACAGCAGCAUUUAAUGGAAACAUUUCAGUUUUAUUCAAGUUAAGUUUAUAUCCUGAAAAUUUACCAAAAUCUUUUAAUAUUUCCAAAAGUUUAGGAAUUGAUUCCUCAAGAUUCGAAAUAAAAAUCAAAAGAUCAUCUUUUGAUAGGAGAAAUCUUAUGUAUAGUUCCAUUUUGUAGAGAUACCAUGAAUGUUUUUGGCUUCAUGUAAUAUUAUAGCUAAAGGCUCCAAUACAAGAUUAGAUAGUGAAGGGCUUAAUGGACAUCCCUGUCUAGUACCAUGAGAAAGUGAAAAGAAAGAAGACCUGUAAUUAUUAGUAAUGACCGUGGCAAUAGGGUCCUUAUAGAGCAUUUGAAUCCAUCUAUUAGUAUUAUUACCAAAACCAAAUUUUUCUAAUACUUUAAACAAAUAUGGCCACUCAACUCUAUCAAAUGCCUUUUCUGCAUCAAGAGAGAUAACACAUUGAGGUUGCUUAGAUAAUGGUGAAUAUAUAAUGUUCAUCGAUCUCCAAAUAUUAGAGAAAGAGUAACAGCCUUUAAUAAAGCCUAUUUGAUCUACACAGAUGAUUUUAGUUAAAAUGGUUGCCAAGUGAUUAGCCAUUAUUUUAGAAAGAAUUUUUGCAUCCACAUUUAAUAGUGAAAUAGGUCUAUAUGAUGAGCAUUCAAUAUAUUUAAUGAUGUUCCUUUUAGGAUUGUUAUUACAUUUAGAUAUUUAGGUAUUAUAAUUACUAAAAAAUAUAAAGAUCUUUAUAAAGCUAAUAUAGUUCCUUUAAUAGACUCCAUGAAACAACUGUUUUCUGGAUGGAAUCCACUUACUCUUUCUUUAAUACGUUGUAUCCAUGCUGUGAAAAUGAUGAUUUUACCUAAAUUUUUAUAUAUUUUCCAAAAUAUACCUAUCUUUUUAACUAAAAAAAAUUUUCGAUCAAAGUGACUGUCUUAUUUCUUCCCUUAUUUGGAACAGUAAGAGACCAAGAAUUAACAAGUAUCAUUUACAGAAAUCCAAAAAAAGAUGGUGGACUUGCACUUCCUAAUUUAAGACUAUUAUUGGGCUGUGAAUAUUAGACAAUUAUGUUUUUGGUUAUACUGGCUCAAUAAGAACUAAAAACCAUUAUGGGUUGAUUUGGAAUUAAAAGCUGUUAAACAAUUUCAUUUAACUUCUAUAUUAGGAGCUCCAUUACCUUUACAGCUCUCUAAAAUUCCAAAUUUAAAUCCCUAGGGAUUUGGGUUCAGUUUCGCAAUUUUUAAAAUUUUAAACAAUUUAAAUAGUCUAGUUUUUUAUAUCAAAACUUUUCAUUUAAACCUUCAAUAACCAACCCCAUUUUCUCCCAUGUAGAAAUAAAGGAAUCCGUUCUUUUACAGAUAUGUUUUGUGAUGGUCGAUUGAUGACUUUUGAAGAGUUAAUUAACAAAUAUUCUCUCGCUUAUACACAUUUUUUGCAAUAUUUUCAGGUUAGACAUUUUUUUAGAACAAUAUUUACCUAAGUUUCCAUAUUUACAAGAAUCUGGUUUGUUGGAUACCAUUUUGAAGUUGAAUCUUUUAGUGCGAGGUUACAUUAGCAGAAUUUAUAAUUUAUUUUUGUUACAAAACGAGAACCUACCACUAAAGCUUAAACAAGAUUGGGAGAGAGAACUUAAUGUGACCUUUGUUAAUGAAGAUUGGGUUUGAAUUUUGAAAAAUGUUAAUUCUUCUCCUAUAUGUGCCAACCACUGUUUAAUUUAAUUUAAAUAUGUUUGUCGUUAUUAUUUAACAAAAGGAGAGACUAUCUAAAAUACUUCCUAGUAUAGACAGCUACUGUGAUAGAUGUAAAACUGAAGUAGCUACUUUGUCACAUAUGUUCUGGUCAUGUUCUUCAUUAAAAUUGUUUUGGAAAUGUU